AAAACAAUGAGCAACAUAUCUCGGCAGAGCCACUAAUACCACCCAUUCAUCCAAUCUAUCUUCGCAUUAUAAUGGGAAAACAGUUCAUUACUACGCAGGCGCCUGGCGGCGCGCACAAGUCCGACGUGCUCGGAAUAGCGCUCACCCAAAAGCACACCUUCUCGGUCUCAUCCGACGGGUACUUGAAGGCCUGGGCCAACAACAUCAACGAAACGGCAAAUCCAAUGGAAAAUGUGCAGGCGUACUUUGUGGACGCACUUGGAUUACACCAUGUAGCGGUUUACGAGAACAUUAUCCAGGGCGAGACGAUUUGUUUGGUGGCGGUGGUGGCGUUCAGCGGCCAGUGCUACUUUUACAAAUCCACGGGCGGUACGUUUUCGCCAGUAGAUUUGCUCGGAAAAUCUGGAAACUUCUGGGCACCGUAUUUUUUCAAAGACCCCCAUGGUAAGCAGGACGUGUUUGGUCUUACGUGCUCGAACGGCGCUACCAACUUGUACCACUUGGUCAUCGAGACGCCAGAGAUCACACACGGCAGUGCGAGCGCCAUCGUGCUGUCUACCGUCUCGUUGGAUCAGUACGGGACGAUCCUGGCAGGAAUUCCGCCGUCUUUCCCCACGUGCUUAGCCAUCACCUCUGACUUAGUUGCGGUGGGCUACCAAUCCGGUUUGGUCACCAUGAACAGCAGCGACACCCUCAAGCCCAUCUACAGCUUUACCGCGCCGAGCCAGGCGUCCACCGUGAGGUCACUCAAGUUCCAGCCCAGCUUCGAACAUGAGAGCAAAGUCUUGGCUGUGGCUAGAGAUGCCACCUCUGCUGGUACCAUAACGUUAUACGACACCAAAUACGGUGAGAUUGUGGGGACAUUGACACAGCCGACCCACAGCACCUCACUGACCAUUGCAGCUGUCGCACACGAUGGCUGGAUCUUUGAGAUUGAUUUUAACGAGGAUGGUAGCUUCCUUGCCAGUGGUGGCUUUGACGCCAAGGUGCGUGUCUGGAACAUGGAGUCCCGUGAAAGAGAGGCCACGUUGGUUUUAUCACCGAGCGAUCUUGACUACACCGAGGCAAUUGAGGCCGACGAAAGUGACCGUAGUGCCGUUAGCUGUGUCAAAUUCAUCGGCAAGGGCGUUCGGGGUGGUAUUUUAGGCGGCGACAGUAACGAGGGAUUGGUUGCAGGGUCGUUUGACAAGGGAAUUAGGUGGUUUAGAGAAGCCGGUGGGGUGUAAGUAGCGUUAGUGUGUAUUAAGAUUCCUUGGAUGUAUGUUAGGCGAAAACGGUAAGGGUCGGCCUGGUACUAAAGCAGGUUGGUGCUGCUACAGGUCUAGACCCUGAAUAAAAACAAUUGGUCAUUUUAUGAACCUUCUGUGGGUGACGAUUAGCUCUAAACAACAGAAUACUGACGCAACUCCAGUUGCAAAUAUAAAUUUUAUGUUUAGACACUCGGUCUAUAACAAUUGUGGAGCCUGUGCGAAUCCUGUUUUGUGACUAGUCCGAAAAUCGUUGUGUGCAAUGUUAAAAUCCUACACUUCAUACCGUCUGGUGCAUUUAAUAGACCGCAAGGCUAGGAUACUUGAAAUUCUCGGACUACCUCCCUUUAUAUCUCGGAGAGAGGUCAUUCUUAUACUUAGAUUCCUUAACCU